AUGCUGGAUUAUGGACCUUGUGGCCUCUCAGGCCUGCCAGUCCCUGAAGGGACUCAUCUGCAUGGUUCUCUCACGGGCAAAAUCUGGCUGAUGCUGGGUGGGUGCAGUCUAGGGGAGUUGCCGGCGAACUUCCUGGCGAUGGCUUUAGACGCGCUGGGCCUGGACUUUCGUGGCACCUUCUUCCUGGACCCGCGUGGUGCGGGGAAGCUGGUGACGCCUCCACGAACGAGGCAUGAGAAGAAGCAGCGGAUGCCCUGGCGCUUCUUCCGCGAGAUGCCUCGUUUUCGCACACGGCAGCGCAAUGUGGAGUUCUACACCUGCAGCAAAACCAUCCAGAUGCUCUCCAAGAUCUCGGAAGACUAA